AUGAUCAAGGAAGGAAUUGAACCGGAUGUCGUUCCUUAUACCUCCGUCCUUCAUGGAGUGUGUAAUUCCAGCCAAUUGACAGAGGCUCGAAGACUCUUGAACCAUACGUUGCAAAGCAGAGUAACGCCGGAUAUUCGAACCUUCAAUAUUCCGGUGGAUGAACAUUGCAAAGAGGGAAUGGUUGUGGAGGCAGAGGACAUAGUUGACCAGAUGAUUCAAUUAGGUGAAAUGUCUGAUGGUUUCAUUUAUAAUACACUGAUGGGUGGUUGUUGUUCGCAAAUUAGAAUGAAAUAUGCUAUGGAAGUGCUUAAUUUGAUGGUUGCAAGAGGCUGCUCCCCUGAUGUUGUUAGUUAUUCCUUGUUGAUUAAUGGAUACUGCAAAGCAAAAAGAGUUGUCCAAUCAAAGAUGCUUUUGCGAAAAAUGCUUCAAAGGGGCUCGAAUCCUAAUGUCAUCACAUACAACACUAUUGUAAAUGGAUUUUGCCAGGUUGGGAACCUUGAAGCCGCGGAGGGGCUAAUUAAUGAGAUGCAAUCCCGUGGUCUAUAUCUUGAUCAUUAUACCUUGAAUGGUUUGCUGGAUGGCUUAAGUAAAGUGCAGCAGAUUGAUAUGGCCAUGAUAUUGUUUCGAAAGACUAUGGCCUUGAUAUUGUUUCGAAAGAUGGAAGAUUCCAAAUUUGUCCCAAACCUUGUGACUUACACUAUUCUAAUAAACGGCAUGUGUUAA